GCAUUUACCAUCUUGCUGUCAGUGAGGAGAUUCUGAGUCAGCCGGGCCCCCACACAUCUACACUGCCGGGCCCCCACACAUCUACACUGCCGGGCCCCCACACAUCUACACUGCCGGGCCCCCACACAUCUACACUGCCGGGCCCCCACACAUCUACACUGCCGGGCCCCCACACAUCUACAGUGACGGGCCCGAUCUCUCCCUUACUUAUUAGCCGCUGUCUCCAUUAUAAACUAUGUGAAUGCUGAUGAUGAUUAUUACCUGGACUUCAAAGUUGAACCACUACAUGGCAAUAUGAGCAACAGAGACAUCAGGAGAUCUCCACGUGACGGAGAUAUGCCAGAGAGAGUUUUAAUCGCUUCUGAAAUGAUAAAACAUUAUGAACAUAAUUACUGGGGACGACAUACAUUUGAUAAAAUGACAGGGAAUGAAACCUCUAACAGCGCUGAAGAUGGCCGUGACCUGAAUUUAUCAUCAAGUCAAGUUCCCCAUUCACGGAUAAUAGAAAAAACAAUUACUGAGGAAGCCAAAAUAAUUUUCACUGGCAAGUUGCUGACUGUAUUUGCUCCAUCCGUGUCCACCGUGGUGCUCAUUGUGUCUCUGCCUCUCAAUCUUCUGGCCAUCAUCAUGUUCCUGUUCAAGAUGAAGGUCAGGAAGCCAGCGGUGGUCUACAUGCUGAACCUGGCGGCCGCUGAUGUGCUCUUUGUGACUCUGCUGCCUUUCAGCAUCGCUUAUCGAUUCUCCGGGAAUAAGUGGAUGAUUGGAGAUGGAAUGUGUCGCUUCUACAUCACAGCAUUUUACUGCAACAUGUACUGCUCCAUCCUACUCAUGACCAGCAUCAGUGUGGACAGGUUCCUGGCCGUGGUGUAUCCAAUGCAGUCUCUCUCCUGGCGUACCACGGGGCGAGCUUGGCUGGUCUGUGUCUGUAUAUGGGUGUUAUCCAUAGCCGGCACUGUGCCACUUCUCAUAAGAGAACAGACACAGUACAUUGCCGCUUUGGAUACCACAAUUUGUUAUGAUGUGCAGGACAUUGAAGAUGUGCAGAGAUUUUUUGUAAACUAUUUCCUAAUUUUUAUCUCUGCUUUCUUCUUCUUGCCUUUAGUCAUUACAGUUGUCUGUUACAUUGGAAUCAUCCAUAACCUAAGCUCCCCCAAACUUGAAAACUCCUUUAAGCGAUCUCGCGCUUUGUUUAUGACAGUGACUGUGCUCUUGGUGUUUGUACUUUGCUUUGGACCAACAAAUGUCAUCUUUUUAAUUUGGUGUCUUCAUUUUCAUAAGAAAUCUAAUCCAUCUCUGUAUUGUGCCUACAUUCUGUCUGUCUGUAUUAGCAGCAUCAGUUGUUGCCUUGAUCCUCUUAUCUAUUACUAUGCAUCCUCCCAGUGUCAGAGAUACAUGUACAGCUUGCUGACUUGUAAUAGAGGUGGGGAAGUACCAUCAAAGAAAUAUCAGAGGAAUGUUCACACCAAACAACCUGCUGAACGGGCUCUGCUAGCAUAACUGCAUAAUGAUAAUGGCGGCUUAUUGCUUUCACAUGUACGUUACAUUACCGCUGUCCCCAAUAGUAGACUGGUGGGUGCCAUCCCUUGUACCCUGUCCAUACAUUAUAAUAAAUGCUUGAA